AUGCCUGCCCUGGCCGGGAGGCCCCCGGGGCCCAGGCCGGAGCUGCUUGUGCUCCUGGCUGCGCUGCUGGCCUCGUCCCCGGCGGCCCUGGCCGAGGAGGCCCCUCACCUGGUGCGCGUGGACGCGGCCCGCGUGCUGCGGCCCCUGCGGCCCUUCUGGAGAAGCACUGGCUUCUGCCCCCCACUGCCACACAACCAGGCUGACCAGUAUGACCUCAGCUGGGACCAGCAGCUCAACCUGGCCUACGUGGGCGCUGUCCCCCAUGGUGGCAUCGAGCAAGUCCGGACCCACUGGCUGCUAGAGCUCAUCACGGCCAGGAGGUCAGUGGGGCAGGGCCUCAGUUACAACUUCACCCACCUGGAUGGCUACCUGGACCUUCUCAGGGAGAACCAGCUCCUCCCCGGCUUUGAGCUGAUGGGCAGCCCCUCUGGACACUUCACGGACUUUGAAGACAAGCAGCAGGUGUUUGAGUGGAGAGAGCUGGUCUCCCUCUUGGCCAGGAGAUACAUAGAUCGGUACGGACUGGAGCACGUUUCCAAGUGGAACUUCGAGACGUGGAAUGAGCCCGACCACCAGGACUUUGACAACGUGUCCAUGACCACCCAAGGUUUUUUCAACUACUACGACGCCUGCUCCGAGGGGCUGCGCGCCGCCAGCCCCGCUCUGCGCCUGGGCGGUCCCGGGGACUCCUUCCACCCGCCGCCGCGCUCCCCGCUGAGCUGGGGCCUCCUGAGGCACUGUCUCCGCGGCACCAACUUCUUCACGGGGGAGGCGGGAGUGCGGCUGGACUACAUCGCCCUCCACAAGAAGGGCGCGGGCAGCUCCAUCUACAUCCUGGAGCAGGAGAAGGCAGUGGUGCAGCAGAUAAAGCAGCUCUUCCCCAAGUUCGCCGCCACCCCCGUUUACAACGACGAGGCGGACCCGCUGGUGGGCUGGUCCCUGCCGCAGCCGUGGCGGGCCGACGUGACCUACGCGGCCAUGGUCGUGAAGGUCAUCGCGCAGCACCAGGACCUGCUGGUAGCCAACGGCAGCUCGUCCGUCCACUACACGCUCCUGAGCAACGACAACGCCUUCCUGAGUUACCACCCGCACCCGUUCUCCCAGCGCACGCUCACCGCCCGCUUCCAGGUCAACAACACCCGCCCGCCCCACGUGCAGCUGCUGCGCAAGCCGGUGCUCACCGCCAUGGGUCUGCUGGCCCUGCUGGACGGCGAGCAGCUCUGGGCCCAGGUGUCGCAGGGCGGGGUGGUGCUGGACGCCAACCACACUGUGGGCGUCCUGGCCAGCGCCCACCGCCCAGCCGGCGCCGCGGACGCCUGGCGCGCCGCAGUUCUGGUCUACGCGAGCGAUGACACCCGCCCCCACGCCAACCGCAGCGUCGCCUUAACCCUGCGUCUGCACGGGGUUCCCCCGGGCCCAGGGCUCGUGUACGUCACGCUAUACCUGGACAACCAGCUUUGCAGCCCGCACGGCGAGUGGCAGCGCCUCGGCCGGCCGGUCUUCCCCUCUCCCGAGCAGUUCCGGGACAUGCGUGCAGCGGAGGACCCUGUGGCUACGGCGCCGCGCCCCUUCCCUGCCAGCGGCCGCUUGACGCUGCGCCCCAAGCUCCCGCUGCCCUCGCUGCUGCUGGUGCACGUGUGCGCGCGCCCCGAGGAGCUGCUGGGCCAGGUGACCCGGCUCCGCGCUCUGCCCCUGACCCGCGGACAGCUGCUUUUGGUCUGGUCGGAUGAGCGCAUAGCCUCAAAGUGCCUGUGGACAUACGAGGUCCAGUUCUCCCUGGAUGGCCAGGGGUACGCUCCAGUCAGCAGAAGGCCAUCGACUUUCAACCUCUUUGUAUUCAGCCCAGACGCAGCUGGCAUCUCUGGCUUCUACCGAGUUCGAGCGGUGGACUACUGGGCCCGGCCAGGCCCCUUCUCCGACCCCGUGCGGUCCGGACUGGCCGAGAUGACGCCGAGCCCCUCAUUGCUGCUGCUGCUGCUGCUGCCGCCGCUGUUGCUGGGGGCCCUCCCGCCUGCUGCCGCCGCCCGAGGCCCCCCGAGGAUGGCAGACAAGGUGGUCCCUCGGCAGGUGGCCCGGCUGGGCCGCACCAUUCGGCUGCAGUGCCCGGUGGAGGGGGACCCACCGCCACUGACCAUGUGGACUAAGGAUGGACGCACGAUCCACGGUGGCUGGAGCCGGUUCCGUGUGCUGCCCCAGGGGUUGCGGGUGAAAGAGGUGGAGCGGGAGGACUCGGGGGCCUAUGUGUGCAAGGCCACCAACGGCUUCGGCAGCCUCAGCGUCAACUACACCCUCAUUGUGACCGAGGACACCAGCCCAGCCAGGGAGAGCCCGGGCCAUGAGGGCUCCUCCGGGGGCCGGGAGGAGCCAGCCAGCAAGCAGUGGGCACGGCCCCGCUUCACGCAGCCCUCCAAGAUGAGGCGCCGGGUGAUUGCACGGCCUGUGGGCAGCUCCGUGCGUCUCAAGUGCGUGGCCAGCGGGCACCCGCGGCCCGACAUCAUGUGGAUGAAGGACGACCAGGCCCUGACGCGCCCCGAGGCCAGCGAGCACAGGAAAAAGUGGACGCUGAGCCUGAAGAACCUGCGCCCCGAGGACAGCGGCAAAUACACCUGCCGGGUGUCCAACCGCGCCGGCGCCAUCAACGCGACCUACAAGGUGGACGUGAUCCAGCGGACCCGCUCCAAGCCGGUCCUCACGGGCACGCACCCCGUGAACACCACGGUGGACUUCGGGGGCACGACGUCCUUCCAGUGCAAAGUGCGCAGUGACGUGAAGCCCGUGAUCCAGUGGCUGAAGCGUGUGGAGUACGGCUCUGAGGGCCGCUACAACUCGACCAUCGACGUGGGCGGCCAGAAGUUCGUGGUGCUGCCCACGGGCGACGUGUGGUCGCGGCCGGACGGCUCCUACCUCAACAAGCUGCUCAUCACCCGUGCCCGCCAGGACGACGCGGGCAUGUACAUCUGCCUGGGCGCCAACACCAUGGGCUACAGCUUCCGCAGCGCCUUCCUCACCGUGCUGCCAGAUCCAAAGCCACCAGGGCCACCCAUACACCCCUCGUCUUCAACCACGAGCCUGCCGUGGCCUGUGGUCAUCGGCAUCCCAGCCGGCGCUGUCUUCAUCCUGGGCACGGUGCUGCUGUGGCUCUGCCAGGCCAAGAAGAAGCCGUGUGCACCUGCACCAGCGCCCCCUGUACCUGCACACCGCACGCCAGUGACCACCCGAGACCGCAGCGGGGAUAAGGACCUGCCUGUGUCCCCUGGCCUUGGCACCACCGCUGGCAUGGGGCUGUGUGAGGAGCUUGGGGCCCCGGCGGCCCCCCAGCACCUGCUGGGCCCGGGCUCAGCUGCUGGCCCCAAGCUUUACCCCAAACUCUACACAGAUGUGCACACGCACACACACACGCACUCACACACGCACUCACACGUGGAGGGCAAAGUCCACCAGCACCAGCACAUCCACUACCAGUGCUAGGUGGUGUUGCUGUUGGGGCUCUGGGUGCCACGGGGGGGGGGCACCGGAGGCCAGGCCAGCAGGCAGUUGGGGAACAGGGCCGCAGCGGGGGGCGGGGGGUGUGCACUGGGGAGGAUGCAGCCAGCAGCCCGGGCGCUGUGUGAGGCACGGCGUGCGGGCCGGACCUCCACACACACAGGCCUGCUCCGGGCACAGCCACACCCACGCUCGGGCCUGCGUCUGCAGCGCGCAGGGCACGCAGGGCUGGGCCACUUGGGGAGGGAAGCCCUUGGCCUGUGAGGAGGGUUUCAUGGGGGCAUGGUCACCGCCCCUGCCUGGCAGGAGAUCUGAGAGACGCCCUGGCUUUGCAAACCAAAAACUCCCACCCCUGCCCUACGCCUGCCUGCCUGUCUCUGCCCAGGCCUCGGCAGGUGGGCGGCUAUUUUUGCCGCCACCUGUCCUGGGUGUUCAGGAGCCCCCACACCCUGGGCUGGGGGGUCGGGCAUAGCCGUCUCAGGCCCUGUCCUGAGAGGCUGGAGUUCAGCUGGGAGUGACUCUGGUCACACCCACCUCCCACUACCGGAGAGAAGGGGGCCUUAAUAUUUAUAUUUAUGAAAUUAAGAUAAUAUUAAUGAUGAAAGAGCAGGGCCACAGAGACCUGGCCUUCCCAGGCCCAGGACCCACCUGGCCUUGGCCAGGCUGGACGUCCGCUCGGGGCCAGGCACCCAUCACCCCAUUGUCUGAGGUGGCCCAGACCUCUGUAAUUUUAUAUAGAGUUUGAGCUGAAGCUUCGUAUAUUUAAUUUAUUUUGUUAAAUAAGAAAACGUGCAUCUUCUUCCUCUAAACUA